AUGGCAAGCAGAUUCAUGGAGAUGCCCACAGUGAUGCAUUACAAGGCAGUAAAGCAGAUUCUUUUGUAUUUGAAGGGCACCAUGCAUUAUGGUAUUGUGUAUACUAGAGAAGGAGAAACAAAGGUGAUCACCGGCUACACAAAUAGCGAUCUGGCUGGUGACAUGGAUGACAGAAAGAGUAUUGGAGGUAUGACUUUCUAUAUUAAUGAUAGCCUGGUGUCAUGGAACUCGCAGAAGCAGAAAACGGUGGCUUUGUCUUCCUGUGAAGCUGAGUUUAUGGCGGCGACGGCGGCAGCAUGCCAAGCACUAUGGCUUAGAAGUCUGUUGGGAGAGCUGACAGGAGAAGAGCACAAAGCAGUCAAAUUAUUUGUUGAUAACAAAUCAGCGAUUGCUUUGAUGAAGAAUCCAGUGUUUUAUGGUCGCAGUAAACACAUUGACACCAAGUUUCAUUUUAUCCAUGAGUGCGUUGAAGAAUGCCAGAUUGAGGUAGAUUUCAUCUGCACAGAGGAGUAG